UUCCUAGCAUGGGUAUUUAAGACCCGGUCUCUCUUCUUCCUGACACGUUAUUGUUGCAUCAGCAUCCAACAGCGUAGCCAUGUCGACCACAAGUGAACAAGCCUUUGAGUAUGGCUUCUUGCUCCAAAUAAAAGAGGAAGCUGCACUGGCAGCGGCACUGAAUGACUACAUAACCACUCGCAGCUACCUGGCUGGUUUCAGCCCUUCACAGGCUGACCAGAAAGCGUUUAAGCUUCUCCACAGGCCCCCAGACCCACAACAUGUCCACGCUCUGCGUUGGUACAGACACAUAACAUCCCUCCAGCAGGACCUGAACCCAGACAGCAGCAGGAAAGGAAAGAGGGUACAGCCUCAGUGGUCUCCACCAUCUGGAACAGCGGUUCCCCAACUUCGACUCUACAACAGUCUCACCAGAGCAAAAGAGCUAUUUGUUCCUCAGAAUGGAAACAAGGUCACAUGGUACAGCUGUGGGCCAACAGUGUAUGACGCCUCUCACAUGGGGCAUGCCAGGUCAUACAUCUCAUUUGAUAUUCUGAGAAGGAUAUUGAAGGACUACUUCAAAUAUGACGUCUAUUACUGCAUGAACAUCACAGACAUAGAUGACAAAAUAAUUAAAAGGGCACGUCAGAACUAUCUGCUAGACCAGUACAAGGAAAAAAAAACACAAGCUGCUCAAAUACUGAAGGAUGUGCUGACUGCCCGAGUGCCCUUUCAGGCCCGUUUGACCUCUACUACAGACCCAGAUAAGAAACAGAUGCUAGAAAGACUUGAUGCCGCCAUCACCGGCACUCUGCAGCCUCUGCAGGCAGCGUUGGAGAGUAAAGCUGCAGAUGAUGUGGUGGAACCUCUGGCCCAGGCAUUACUGUCAAAUGCCAAAGACAUGCUCUCUGACUGGCUGGAUGGUCUGUAUGGAAGUGAAGUCACAGACAACUCAAUCUUCUCAGUUCUGCCUACAUUUUGGGAGGGGGAGUACCAUAAAGAUAUGGACGCCUUGAACGUUCUUCCUCCUGAUGUCCUGACUCGUGUCAGUGAAUAUGUGCCAGAAAUCGUAGAGUUUGUGAAGAAGAUUGUCGCAAAUGGCUAUGGGUAUGAAUCGAAUGGCUCUGUUUACUUUAACACUGCAAAGUUUGAUGCCAGUCCACAGCACUCGUACGCCAAACUAGUGCCAGAAGCAGUUGGAGAUCAGAAGGCUUUACAAGAGGGAGAAGGUGACCUGAGCAUUUCUGUUGACAGAUUAAGUGAGAAAAAAUCGCCCAAUGACUUUGCCUUGUGGAAAGCGUCCAAGCAUGGAGAGCCUUCAUGGGACUCUCCAUGGGGAAAGGGAAGGCCUGGCUGGCAUAUUGAGUGCUCGGCCAUGGCUGGCUCCAUCCUUGGGGAGUCUAUGGACAUUCACGGUGGGGGUUUUGAUCUCAGAUUCCCCCAUCAUGACAAUGAGCUGGCUCAGUCUGAGGCUUUCUUUGAGAAUGAUUACUGGGUCCGUUACUUCUUGCACACUGGUCAUCUGACAAUUGCAGGAUGCAAGAUGUCGAAAUCGCUGAAGAAUUUCAUUACCAUUAAGGAAGCCUUGGCAAAUAAUACAGCCCGCCAGCUCCGUUUGGCUUUCUUGAUGCAUUCGUGGAAAGAUACCUUGGAUUACUCUCCCAACACUAUGGAGUUAGUUGUCCAAUACGAGAAGUUCCUGAAUGAGUUCUUCUUGAAUGUGAAGGACAUUCUGCGUGCAACUACUGACAUCACCGGGCAGUUUGAAAAGUGGGAAGCAGCAGAGGUGGCGCUUAAUGAAAGUUUUUUGGACAGAAAGUCAGCCAUCCACGAGGCUCUGUGUGACAACAUUGAUACACGCACAGUCCUGGAGGAGAUGAGGCAGCUGAUUAGUCAGAGCAACAGCUACAUCGCUAGCAAGAAAAGUGCCAAGCUAAGACCCAACCGCAUGCUAAUGCAAAGUAUCGCCAUAUAUCUCACCAAUAUGCUGCAGAUAUUUGGGGCAAUUGAAGGAUCGGAGCCCAUUGGUUUCCCUGUGGGAGGACAAGGACAGGAUGUUGAUCUGGAGAGCACAGUGAUGCCUUACCUCUCUGUCCUCUCUGAGUUCCGAGAGCAAGUGCGAAAAAUUGCCAGACAGCAGAAUGUCCUGGAGUUGCUGGUCCUCUGUGAUGAUGUCCGUGAUGUUACAUUACCGGAGCUCGGUGUCCGACUCGAAGAUCAUGAGGGACUGCCGACUGUGGUGAAACUCGUGAACAAGGAGAUUUUAUUGAAGGAAAGGGAUGGGAAGAACAAGCUGGAGGAAGAGAAGCAAAGGAAGAAAGAGGAGGCUGCCAGGAAGAAAGAACUCCAGGAGAUGGCUAAACUUGCUAAAAUGAAGAUCCCGCCAUUUGAGAUGUUCCUCGCAGAAACAGACAAAUAUUCCAAAUUUGAUGAAACGGGUUUUCCCACUCAUGAUGCUGAAGGGAAGGAACUCAGCAAAGGACAAGAGAAGAAACUGCGCAAGCUUUUCGAAAGCCAAGAGAAGAUGCAUAAUGAGUACCUUCUGAGAAAGGGUGUGCAGUCAAGUGGGGCAAAAAAUUAUUAGAAUUCUUUUAUUUUAGUUUUAGUUAUAUGGUCGGUGCUUAAUAUUUUUUUCCUCUUGAGGCUGAUAAUAUCCAUUGUUUCAUAGUCAAAAUAGCUAGUCUCUCCUUAAAAUUCGACUGCCAUUUGAAAGAUGCCAAAUGCACCACUCUGUUUGGCUCAUGAACGUGAAAAUCUGACUGCAUCAGUGUCUCACCACCCAUGAACCUCACCGCACGUCACUGCUUUUAAGCCAAAAUGGCAACUACUUCUGUUUGACAAACUGCAGAUAAGCAACAGGCUAAAGGCCUGAGAUGAUUGUCUCUUUUUACUUAUAAGUUAGCCCUUUUUUUACAAACAAACAAAGCCAUCACAGUGAACACAGUUGGGUGCUUUGCUUAAAGGAUUAUAAAUUACAUGUGUUUUUAGACACAGUGCACAAGGUAUAUUAUGACUGUCUGUGACAACCUUCAACCUGUCAGUCUGUUCCAUGUCAUUCUGAAGGUCCAUCACUAAUUUCUCCCUGCUCAAUCAAACAGGACUCUGUAAGGAAAUCUUAUGAUAUCAUGUCAACAAAUCCCAAUGUCCUAUUCUCUUGAAAAUGUAUUCCAUUAAAAACUGCAUUGCUUAUCA